AUGGGUGUCCACGAAGCAUUUGAAUCGCCGCCUCCAAAAUGCGAUGGCUGCGACGUGACCUUCCCCGAAGCGCAUAUCAUGCUUGCAACCAUUAAUCGACCCCGGCAGCUCAACUCGAUACCCUACGCACUCCAUUGGCAGAUGGACGCACUGUUCAAAUGGUUCGACAACGAGCCAUCGCUGCGCGUGGCCAUCAUCACAGGCACGGGUACCCGGGCGUUUUGCGUCGGGUCAGACCUAAUCGAGAUGCAACGAGUGAAAAAGUCAGGCGACGAUUCGUGGAAGGCCGAGCCGUACAAGUACACGCACCCGACGACUGGCUUUGCAGGGCUGAGCAGGCGGGAAGGGAAGAAGCCCGUCGUGGCUGCGGUCAAUGGCUACGCGUUGGGUGGAGGGUGGGAGAUCGCUCUGAACUGUGAUGUGGUAAUUGCCGCUCGAAAUGCCCAGUUUGGUCUCCCAGAGGCCAAGGUUGGGCUGUAUGCCUACGGAGGCGGUCUUCCUCGACUCAUUCGAACGGCAGGGCUGCAUGUCGCCAGCGAGAUCGCCCUCAGUGGACGAUCCAUCACAGCGGAAGAAGCACUCCAGCGUAAUCUCGUCAACUACAUCUCGAAGAAACCGGAGACGCUCAUUGACGAGGCUAUCGAGAUCGCCCGAGGCAUCGCGGCAGUAUCGCCAGACGCGAUGAUCAUUACGAGGUCAGCCUUGAGGGAGGCAUGGGAAAUUCCCAGUGUCGAGAGAGCAUUUCAGAACACCCAUGAGAGAUUCUACGAGAAGAUGAUGGCGGGUGAAAACUCGAGUGAGGGAUUGGCUGCGUUCCAGGAGAAGAGGCCGCCGAGGUGGAAAGCAUCGAAGCUGUAG